GUGACCUUUCCGCUUCCUCUUCCGGCCAUGAGGGCGGCGCUGGUGGACUACAGCAGCUCCGGCUCGGAGGGCGAGAGCGAGGCCGCCGCCGCCCCCCGGGAGAGCAGCAGCAGCGGCGGCGGGGACUCCCGGCCUGGCUCGGCGGCCGGCCGCGGGUUCUUCCCUCCGGCCAGCAGAGCUGCAGUGCCCCCCCUCCCCUUGCCAGACAGCGUGCGGAGGAUGUUCAGGGAGCAGGAGGAGAAGGAAAGGGUGGUGGAUGACUCCAGUAAACAUGAAGGCCGCCUGCGGACAUUUCCUCAUGAACGAGGCAACUGGGCAACCCAUGUGUAUGUGCCAUGGAAGCUGUUAGAGAAAGUGGUUACUUGGCAGCUUCUGGGGGUCUGGCCCGCUUCCAGUCAGGACGUAGGCUUGGAUAUGGGACAGAAACAGCAUUGA